AUGGGACUCUGCCUAGGGAGAAUUGAGUCACCUAAACUUCCUUUUGCAGCAGGAUUGGAGCCCAAUCCAAACAAGGAGGAGAAUUCUGAGGAAACCAACCUCAAGGCUGGGAACAGCACUGCUGGAUCCGAACCAGAGUCCAGCUCAUAUCGGGAAAACCGCAGGAAAAGAAAAAUCAGUUCCAAGGACAGCUGCCAAGACAGAGCAGGUUCUUUGGGGACUGCUCUGGCAAGUCUCUCACAAGCUUUCUCUGUAGGGAACUGUCCAGGAGGAGUACAGCUUGAUGUUGAAAAAAAAAAAAAAUCAAGAUCCUCCACUGCUGUGCACAACAGUGAAAUCCAGGAGACCUGUGAUGCCCAUCAUAGGGGACAUUCCAGGGCUUAUAGCAAGCCGCACAGGUCUCGGGCCCUAGGAGUCCAAACACCAUCACAUGGAAAAAGCUUGGUGACCUCUGUGCGAGCUAUGUCUGAGGCUAUUUAUCAAGACCUAGCCCAGGUGCAGGCCCAGCAGAUCCGUUCUCCACUAACCUGGGAGCAGCUGACACUGCUCACUGGGCCGGGGCCUCUGUGUGCCCAGGUGCAGACCUUGUAUUCCACGGCCACCCAGGCAGCUUAUGUCUUCCUUGCUGAGGGCUGGCUUGUCGCAGCCACACUGCCUGGUCCUGGGGAUUCAGCCCUGGACAGAGAAGCCCAUCCCUUCCCUGGGCAGGAGAUAACUGAGCCUGUCAGUGGAUCAGAUGAGGCUGAGCUGGGAGCACCCUGAUCCUGUU